AGAUGAAUUUUAUUUACAAAAUUUUCUAUCCAUCAUAGAAUUGAAUAAAACAUGUUUACUAUAACAAGAAAAUUUAUGUGGUUCAUUCAAUUAAUUAAUUAUGGUGGCCAGAGCUCAUACCCCAUCACUUGGUAAACUCUUUCAAAUAUUUACAUUUUCCCAGCACUAGCUUCCAUCAGAGGAAAGGAAAAAAAACAACAUUUUCUUCAAUAAAAAACUUAAUAAUUUACCUUGUCAGCCACUAGACUGAGUUCCUCAUAGUCAAACAUGGCCGGCCUGGCUUAAAAGCCAGCCCAAUAAAAUAAAUUGCACUCCAUAUAAGCCAAAUCCAAAGCUUCCAGAAUUGAAGGAAUCUCUUGUAAGACCGCAAUUUCAGUUCUUCCCUUCAACCACAUCAGAAAAAGUUCCCCUUUCCUUGAAAUCCUCAUGAUUUAAGCAAUUUAUGCGCACCUUAAGAAAGCAGAAGUGAUGAAAGCCAUCCAAUUCUGCAAGCACAAAACCCAAACAUCGUGAUACCAAGCGUUUGAGAAGCUCGGAUCUUUGGACUUGAAGCCUGAAAGAUGAUGCCUUUCAAGCAGCAAAUCGGCGGAGGUGGAGGCGGCGGAGAUCAAAUUAAGAAGUUAAGGAAGGAGAAAUCCAUGAAGGAAGCUGAACCUGACGGUUUCAGGAAAGCUCCCUUACAAUCCAGCCAUCUGGGACUCAGCCCGGUUCAACAGAAGAAGCCAUCUCCAUCCAAAGUUACCAAUGGAAUUAAGGACAAGCUUCAGGUAUCUACUGACUCCUUAUUUUCAUAUAGAAAGAUCAAAAGCAUGAAUAAUUUGGAGACUUCAAUUUCUUCUUCCAACCACACUGGAAGUAAAACUGUUGACAAAGAACUGGUAAGGACUUCGGGUUUAAAGCCGGUGAGAUCUUCCAUGAAGAAGAAUUCAGGGGUGGGUCUUCACCCAACCGUGAAUUUAAGCAGGGCUACCUGUUCAUCCACUUUUAAAAUUGCCAGAAAUCCAGAAAAUUUGGACCUUGAUGAAUCCAAUAGCUCUUCAAACGUGACGCUUUGCUCAUACAAAUACUGUUCCUUACAUGGCCAGAAAAAACACGAAAUGCCUUUGCCUGCAUUGAAGUGUUUUUUGUCAGCCAGAAAGAGCGGUUAUCAAUGA